AAAUAUCAACAAGAAGAAAACAAACGACAGGAGAGAGAAAGAAUCUUAGAGGAAGUCGCGCUCUCUCUCUGUGUCAACGAAACCCUAGUUUCCUCAGUCUCUCUCCAACAUUAUCCCUCAAAUUUACAGUGUCACUCUUCUGUCCAAAUUUAGGGUUUCCUGCGUCGAUCUUUCCAAAAUCCCCAAAUUCAGGUGUUUUUUUUUUGGUCCACACAUAGGCACGCCCCAUAUUCGAUUAAAAUCCUGAAAAAACCUUUAAUUAAAUCUUCAUUUUUUUCUCUCUAGAUUUUGGAGCUAUAUAUGUGCACAUAUAGAUAUAUAGAGAGAGGAUAUGUAUCGAGUCGGAGGAGGAUCGUCGAAGUCGGAGAUGGUAGGAGGGCCGUUUGAUCGGAAGCGAAUCAACGAUGCGUUAGAUAAGCACUUGGAGAAGUCUUCACCGUCGACUUCGCGGGGUUUGAAGGAGAAGGAGAGAUUGUCUGUGCCAUCGACUUCUGCCGGUGGCGGUGGCACCAAAUCGCAGCAGCAGCAGCAUAUUGAUCUUCGCGACACUCGAUCCUCUUCAACUCUCGCUACCAACAAGAAUAAAUGCUCUGAUGAGGAAUCUGAAACAGACAGUGAAGAGUCUGAUGUUAGUGGUUCUGAUGGGGAGGACACAUCUUGGAUUUCAUGGUUUUGCAAUCUGCGAGGAAAUGAAUUUUUCUGUGAAGUUGAUGAUGAAUACAUUCAAGAUGAUUUUAAUCUUUGUGGAUUAAGCAGUCAAGUUCCAUAUUAUGAUUAUGCCCUAGAUCUAAUUUUGGAUGUUGAGUCCUCUCAUGGUGAUAUGUUCACAGAAGAACAGAAUGAAUUGGUUGAAUCAGCAGCAGAGAUGUUGUAUGGUCUGAUUCAUGUCAGAUACAUUUUGACUAGCAAGGGAAUGUCUGCAAUGUUGGAGAAGUACAAAAACUACGACUUUGGGAGAUGCCCAAGAGUUUACUGCUGUGGACAGCCCUGCCUUCCAGUUGGUCAAUCAGACAUUCCACGGUCAAGUACUGUAAAAAUAUACUGUCCCAAAUGCGAAGACAUUUACUACCCUCGAUCCAAGUAUCAAGGCAACAUUGAUGGGGCCUAUUUUGGAACCACAUUUCCUCACCUGUUUUUGAUGAGUUAUGGACACCUCAAGCCACAAAAAGCAACACAAAGCUAUGUCCCAAGAGUAUUUGGUUUCAAGCUCCACAAGCCAUGAUACACAAGUUCCCUGCUACAAUGUCUUGAGAUCUCAUUUGUCUACUAGUGGCAAUUCACAUCUCGCUUCUAUGAAGUACAGGUACUUCUAACAAGCCCAGUAAGCGCAGCUGUUCCCAAGAUGUUGAAACUGAUUACUUGAUGGAAAAUCAAUUCUGGCCUAUCUGUCCAGUAAACGUUUUCUAAAUUUGUCCAUGAAUUUAGCAGAGCGUGUGUCAGCUUAUUUGUUUGUCAUGGUUGAGAAAUUGUUUGAAGUGCGUUUCGUUGUAGUUUGUGGAUCCUCUGUUUUAUCAAAUACUCUUCAUUGGAUGUUAGAUAUUAAAAUCUAGGCAGGGCUGUCUCACUGUCUGUAGAGCUAUGUUUCCCGAUGUAAUUCUGUGUGAAGCCAUCGGUUUAAGGGUGGAGAUUAAUACUGAAAUACAUAAUAGUUAUAAUGGUUAGAAAAAUAUGAGUUCUAUUGCCAUGUUACCUUUAGGCAAGCUAUUAAAGCUUCUUUCCCUUCAGUUGGUGAUUCCUUGGCUGCAGCAGCAGCAACAUUUUGUGUACAUAAUCAAGGCAACAUU